CCGCUCUAGCCGCAGUCUCUGAUGUGAGGCCCAGUCAGGCAGCGCUGAGGGCACCUUGUUUGGGGACUUGACGUGUGUCAGCAGUUCCGGGUCCACGUCUCCGGUGGGGGAUGGAGCUGAAGAAGGGACAGAGACUGUGAGGAGCCGGUGGAAAAAAUCAGUCCUGAGCUAAUACUUCUCACGGCUGAGGAGCUGUUACAGUUGUAUCCAUGAGGUCAUGAUCGAGCAGCCUUGAAGGCAGACGGUUCAUCACUCCUGCCAUGUCUUGGUUCACUGAUCUGGCAGGGAGAGCUGAGGAUCUCUUAAACUUAGUGGAUCAAGGAGCAUCAACUGUAUUAAGCAAGAGCAAGGAUGGCAUUUCCACGAUGGAGAGCCCCACAGACUAUUACCCCGAGAAAUCGCAAGAGAAAAGUCAGAGUUACGGAAAGUCCACCUUCAUCUCCUCAGCGGCUGAUAACAUAAAGCAUCAGAAGGCCACGAUCUUAGCCGGUACAGCCAAUGUCAAAGCUGCCACCAGGACGAGCACAGAAUCUCACAGCACUUCAGCCAAUGCGUCGUCCCAGCGGUUGGCCAGCCAGUUUGUAAGACGCAGGAAAUCGGAGCCGGAUGACGAACAGUUGUUUGAUUUCCUCAACAGCUCAGACAAGGCGCACAAUGGUGUCCUGGAGUCUAAAAGAGAGAGUAACAAGGAGACGGCGCCCAUCAGUCAUUCUGGAAGAGAAAAUCCACAAAGUGUUGAGCCAGCCGAAACCACACACCCUAAGAUCCAAGGUGAUCUCAACAAGUCACAGUCUGUACAAAGUGCUGAAGAAGACACAGAGCGUCAGACACAGCAGACCACAGAGGCGUCAGAACCAACCCCCAGUCCUGGCCAGACUAAUGGAGAUCAGAAGUCCCAAGAACUGUCCAACCUUCGCUUGGAGAACCAGCUGCUGAGGAGCGAAGUCCAAUCUCUGAACCAGGAGAUGGCGGGAUUGAUCCAGCGCUCCAAGGACAUGCAAGAAGAGCUGAAUGAAGCCCGGGCACGGUUAGAGAAGUGGAAUGGGGAUAAUUCCAAAAUAGAUCGCACCGCCAGAGAGCUCCGCGCCCAGGUAGACGAUCUGACAGAGGCUAUCGCUGCAAAAGACUCCCAACUUGCAGUGCUUAAGGUCCGAUUGCAGGAAGCUGACCAGUUACUGAGCAGUCGCACAGAGACUUUAGAGAAGCUGCAGAAUGAGAAAUCGAGGAUUGUGCAGGACCACAAUGAAGGUAGCAGCCUCCACAGCCAGGCCUUGCAGACUGUUCAGGAGAGACUUCGGGAAGCAGAGUCUACUUUGAAAAGGGAACAAGAUGGUUUCAAACAGAUGCAAAAUGAAUUUGCGACUCGCUUGAAUAAGAUGGAAGCUGAGCGCCAGAACCUGGCUGAAUCGCUCAUUGCUGCAGAAAAGAAGCACAUGGAGGAGAAGAGGAGGGGCGACGAUCUGCAGCAGCAGCUGAAGACUGCAAAAGCUGCAGUGGAGACUGUGAAGCAGGAAAUGGUGGAUUACAAACAAAAGGCGACACGUAUCCUACAGUCCAAAGAAAAACUAAUUAACAGUCUGAAGGAAGGUUCUGGCAUUGAAGGAUUAGAUAGUCACACAGCCAGUAGCAUGGAGCUGGAGGAGUUAAAACACGAGAGAGACAUGCAGAGAGAAGAGAUCCAAAAACUCUUGGCACAGAUACAGCAACUGAAAACGGAACUACAGGAUGUGGAGAGUCAGCAGGUGAGUGAAGCCGAGUCGGCCCGAGAGCAGCUUUUGGACCUUCAGGAGCAGACUGCAGAACAGAGAAGAGCUAAGCAGGAACUAGAGGCAGAACUUGAGCGCCAGAAACAGGAAUUGCAGUAUACUCAAGAGGAUCUAUACAGGACAAAGAAUACUUUGCAAGCAAGGAUCAGAGACCGGGAAGAUGAAAUCCAAAAACUCAGGAAUCAGCUCACCAACAAGGCGUUAAGCAGCAGCAGCCAGAACGAGCUGGAGAACCGGCUCCACCAGCUGACUGAGACCCUAAUCCAAAAACAGACCAUGCUAGAGAGUUUGAGCACGGAGAAGAACUCGCUGGUUUAUCAGCUGGAGAGGCUGGAGCAUCAGCUGAAGAACGUGCAGGGGAGCAGCGGGAGCGUCUCCACCAUUAACAUGGCUACUGUAGACAAUGGGGAUGGAGCUCGUCUGAGAAAUGUCCCAGUUCUGUUCAGUGAUGCGGACACAAAUGUUGCCGGCAUGUACGGAAGGGUCCGAAAGGCUGCAAGCACUAUUGACAAAUUCAGCAUCCGACUUGGUGUAUUCUUGCGGCGAUAUCCCAUUGCCCGGGUAUUUAUUAUUAUUUAUAUGGCGCUUCUUCAUCUUUGGGUAAUGAUUGUUCUUCUUACUUACACCCCAGAAAUGCACCACGACCACCCCCCUGGGAAAUAGCAUCUACUAUAAGUGUGACCUGUAUGAAAGGACUCUCUAUUUUCUACAUAGUCUAGGUAACAUUACAGAUUCUUCUAUGACUGACGAAGACCUGCACUGCUCACGGGGGUCACUGUGCGGGGGUCUUCUGAAUUAUACAUCCUUGGUACGUUCUGGGAACAUUCUAGGCUUUCUUCCUUUUCUCCAGCUUCCACAGUCUGCAGUUUUAUUACCUUUUUUUUUUUUCCCAGCAAGUAAUUGCAGCCAGUAACCUUUAACCUCGCAGACCCCUCUGCUGCUACCAGCCUCCAUCAGAACAGCACUAAAGGGAAUGACUGACACCCUGGCGGUGGCGGCACAUACUGUAUUUUAUCAUAAAGCAGGGACACUAAUUGUAAAUGGAGUAUAUUUCUCACGUUCCUGCCCUCCGCUCUGUCCCUUUUGCACAUUUUAAGUGUAAAUAAUUUUUUUUUCUUUAAUCUGUAUAGACAUAACUGUGGGGCUGUCAAUGACUAGUGCAAUCUUUUAGUAAAUACAAUGAGAUGAUAAUAAAAUACAAAUUUAUGUUUUUGUUUUA